AUGGAUGCGGACGCGUAUUCGCGGGCCGCGGAACGCGGCGAGGAUGUGCCCAUGAGCGAGGAAGAGGGCGAUGCACUAAUGAAAGAAGAUGGAAACGUUGUUGGCCUCGAUAGCAGCGAUGAGGACGAAGACGACGACGAAGAAGAGCAGCGUCGUGUGGCAGAAGGCUUUAUCGACGACGACGACGACGCGCACAGCCGUAAUGUCAAGCGCAAGCGCCGCUCGCAUCGGCACGAAUCUGAAGAUGAGGCGCUGGAUGAGGACGAUCUGGCCCUGCUUAAAGAAAAUACCGGCCCCGACGACGCACGCCUCAAGCGGCUCCGCCCCCAAGAAGGCCAAGACGCACACAAGGAAUCGCUUGCAAACAUCUUUGACGACGAAGAGCUCCCGUCCGUCUCGGAUGCGAUCCGCUCUGGGUAUGAGGGGGGUGCACAAGGUUACGACGACGAGCUGGACGACUUUAUCGAAGACGACGAAGACGAAGAGCUGGACGAGGAGCUCCGCGAAGAGCGGCGGCAAGCGCGGCGUGAAGAGCGCCGCGCCGCACGGCUCAGUGGCCAGCGCAUUGAUCCACUUAAAGUCGGCAUCGACCCCGAAGCCUGGGACGAGAUCCACGAUAUUUUCGGCAACGGCGAAGACUAUGCGUGGGCGAUUGCGGAAGACGACGAGGAGGAGGAGGAGAGCAGAAAAAGCAAGAUGGAGUACAAAGACAUUUUCGAGCCCGAGCAGAUCCGUGAGCGGAUGCUCACCGAUGACGACGACCGGAUCAAGCAGGUCGACAUCCCCGAGCGCAUCCAGCUUGCGAUUCCCGGCGAGGCUGGAUUGUCGUAUCUGGAGCGCAAAAUGAGCGAUGCGGAGCUGGACGAUGCGGCCAACUGGGCAUCUCUACGCAUAUCGCCGCGGUGUACCGCUGAGUUUGUAGAGCAAGGCGCGGCACACGGCGCACUUCGCGGCACAUGGACGCGUUGCGUGCGCCAAAUGCUUGCGUACAUGCUCAACGAAUUUCUCGAGGUCCCCUAUCUUACCCAGCAUCGCCUCGACGACCUCGAGCUGUCGCACUUCAACUCUGAAACGCAAAAGCACGACACCAUCACCCUGCUUCUCCACCAGGAGCUGCUCUCGCUCAACACACUCGGGAUCAAGUUUAAGCUGUUGCUCGUGCGGAAGCAAGCGCUUUCGCACACUCUUGCGCAGCUGCGCAACGUUCUCGGCAGCAUUGACGAGGAGACAUCUGCGUACGUGGACGAGCUGCUCGCCCAAGCCGCGAGCUUUGAAGAAGUCUCUGAUAUCAACGAAUGGCUCGCAAUGCGUUUCGGCGAAAAGUUCCGCGACGCGACGGCGAUGAUCGAGGCGGGGCAGCUGCACGGCGCUUCGCUUUUCAAGAAACCCACUGUGGUGAGUGAGUAUGAGCGGCUGGUGCGACUUCCCGUUGCCCUACUUGCUCGGCGUAUGAGCAUCUCCCCGCAGCAGCUCGCAGCAAAUGUAGUGAGCGGCGUUCAUGCGCACGUUCCCGAGGACGAGUCGCGCCCGCCGCACCAGGUUGCAGACGAGUUUAUCGACGCGGAAAACGGCAUUUUCUCCGCCGAAAACGCACUCGCACUGGUGCGAACAAUGCUUGCGCACGAAAUCGGCAAAGAGCCGCUGCUCCGCCGCGAAGUGCGCAGUCUUUUCCUUAGCGCGGCGCUGCUCGAUGUCGAGCCGACCGAGCGCGGGAUGACGAGGAUCGAUGAGAGCCAUUUGUACCACAACUUCAAGUUUCUGCGCGCCAAGCCCGUCUCGGCCCUCUUGCAAAACCCCUCGCAGUUCUUGCAGAUCAUAAAUGCCGAGGAGGAACGGCUUGUGCGCGUCACACUGCGUCUGCCGACCGAGCUCGCCAACCGCUUCGAAGCACGUCUCCAGGACGAGUAUGUAAGCGAAGGGUUGCGUGAUGUAAGCCAGCGCUGGAACGAGGAGCGGCGCGCGGUAGUUGAAGAGGCCAAUGCUGCCUUCCUCCUGCCGCUCGGCCGUGCAUGGAUGCGCGAGUGGCUUCUGGAAGAGUGCCGCGACGCAUUGCUGCGCCACGUCGAAAGCCGCGUCGCUGCGCGCGUCGCUGGGGGCCCGUACCAGUCGGCAGGCAUGCAGAGCCGCAACGGGGAUCCCGAAGUAGAGGAGCUGGACCAUAUUCCGCGCGUCUUGGCCGUUUCUGACGGCGACGGCGAUCCGCGCAAAAGCGAGGUCGUGGCCAUCUUUUUGGACGAGCGCGCGCGAUUCCUCGAGCGCGCCGCGUACGAUUCCUUGCGCCCUCCCACGCGUGCACAGCAAGCGCAGCGCGACGAAGCCAUGGGAGGAAACGAGGCGGCUUUUGAAGACGCGCGCGCAGCGUUUGUGGAUCUCCUCAAGCGGCGCAGGCCCGACGUGAUUGUGGUGAAUGGCUUUAGUGCGCGCACCGCACAACUCGUCGCCAGCGUCGAGGAACUUGCGCACGCAGCGCACAGCGAGAUGGGCGGUCAUGCGCACGCGCGGAUCGACGUGAUUCGGUGCUACGACGACAUUGCGCGGCUAUACCAGCACAGCGCGCGAGCGAUGCAAGAGUUUCCCGAGCUCAGCACCCUCGGCCGCUACUGCAUUGCUCUCGCGCGCUAUACACAGUCGCCCGUGAAUGAGUUUGCCGCGCUCGGAGCGGAUUUGAUUGCCGUGCAGUUCGAUCCUGCGCAGCGCCUGCUCCCAUCGGAGCGCUUGCGAAUGCACAUGGAGCGUGCGAUUGUCAUGGCGGUGAACGAUGUGGGUGUCGAUAUCAACGACGCUGUGAAUAAUAGCUACAUCCAGCACAUGCUGCCCUACGUCGCUGGCCUGGGCCACCGAAAAGCGCAGGCGUUAGUCCAGGCCAUCCGCGCCAAGCUCCAAGGACACGUUGUGAGCCGCGUAUGCCUUGCCAAGCACGGCGUGCUUUCCUUCGCCGUCUGGAACAACGCCGCGUCGUUUUUGCGCAUCGAGCAGGACCGCGCGAUCGAGGCGCGCGACGACCAGCCAGACGUGCUCGACGCCACGCGUAUCCACCCCGAAGACUACGACUUUCCGCGCCAAAUGGCGCGGGAUGCGCUCAACAAACACGUGGAAGACCUCGAAGGCGAGCAUCCCAGUGUGGCGUGCGAGGAAAUCAUGCAGCACGCACACCCCGAAGAAAAGCUCGCCGCGCUCGACCUGGACAACUAUGCAGCGAUGCUCUACGAGCAGCGCGGCAUAAGCAAACGGCUCACGCUUUUUUUCUGUAAGCAAGAGCUGAUCCGCCCCUACGAAGACUGGCGCAUGCCGCAGGCGCUGCCGAGCAUGGAUGAGAUAUUUACCAUGUUUACCGGCGAGACACGGCGCCAGCUGUCCGAGGGCUACGUCGUCCCUGUGGCGGUCACGAGGAUCGAAGAGGGGCGCGACAUGGAUGGGUUUUUGCGUGUGCGCCUUGGUUCUGGCAUCGAAGGGACGAUUGCUGGGCGCGAUAUCGUGGCGGGGUAUGAUCCGCGCCAGGUGCGCCUCCGCCAGAUGUUCCGCACGGGCCAGACACUGAAUGCAGUGCUGAUCCUUUUGGAUAUGUACACGAUGCGUGCAGAGCUGAGUAUCCGCCCCGAAGCGUUUGAGCAUGUCAAUCCCGCCCAGGGCCGCGUUCCGGUAGACGCCAUGUACUUUGACCACGAGCGUGCGCAGCUUGCGAGCGAGGAAGCCGAGAUGCGGAUUCGCCGCCGGAACCGGAACCGGAUCGGCAGUCGUGUGAUCGACCACCCCAACUACCACAACCUCAACGCGCUCCAGGCGCAAACCUUUUUGGCGACGCAGCCGCGUGGCGCCGUGGUGAUCCGGCCGAGUUCGCGCGGCAUGGACCAUCUUGCAGCGACGUGGAAGGUGGACGAGGGCGUUUACCAGCACAUUGACGUGCUCGAGCUCGACAAGGAGAACGACUAUGCAUUGGGCCGUAUUUUGCGCGUGGCCGAUAUGGGCUCCUACUCGGACUUGGACGACCUGAUUGUGAACCAUGUGCGCCCCAUGGCGGGAAUGGUGGAGAUGAUGAUGAACCAUGAAAAGUACAAGGGUGCAGACGUACAAGCGCUGCAUACCUAUUUGACCAAUGCCUCGCUCGCCAACCCGACACGCUCGGUGUAUGCGUUUGGCUUGGAUCGCGAGCACCCUGGCUACUUUUAUCUCGCGUUCAAGGCGAAUGCCAGUGCACCGAUUCAGCAGUGGUCCGUCAAGGUCCUGCCAGGCGCAUUCAAACUCGGGCACGCGACGCAAUUGGCGGACAUGGCCGCGCUGACGAAUGCAUUCAAGACGCAGUACACGGCGCAGGCCAGCGCAGCUGCGCGGGGCGGUAGGACGCCGGCAGUGCAUGGCGGUGCCACGCCGGGUGGACGCACUCCGGGGCACUAUGGCGCACAAACGCCCCUGUUGGGCGGCGCGACGCCAGGGAGGUUUGGCGGCGCGACGCCAGGGAGAUUUGGCGGUGUCACGCCGGGGUACGCAGGACCGCCGGGGCCUCCGCCCGCACAUCCAGGCCAGCGUUGGUAG